AUGGCCACCAUUGGAGGCUUGUCCAUCUCAUCGUCCACACUUACAGCGGAUGACUCGACCGGGCAUCCCCGACUUCCCACCCACUGGAGUACAACGAGCUUAAGCGGCAAGCACGCGAUCUCAUGGACCGUCACGAAUACCUUCCUGCCAAACGCUGUCUCACGAGAGCUGCCGACGACCUGCUGCGCAGCAUACCUUUGUACGUUAACGAUACUCCGCUUGCGCAUCAAGUGCUGCCACGCACUCGGUGAGAAGCGUAUGCCCGAAACCGACAUUGACUUUGCCCUGGAGGACCUGGAACACCUGCUUGCCACUGGCAUCUUCCCCAUUGAGGAGAUUCUCCCGGAUGUUGUAGAUGAUUUGCGGAACAUGAAAGCUCAAGCAAAGCUUGUGAAGGCUCGCCUGUCGUACGCCCUCCCCAUGCAAGCGGCGCCGCAGCGCAGGAAGAACGGCAAGAGAAAGAAGAAGCAACCGGCCACGAACAACGAUUUGAUGGUCACUCCGGCGGAAAAGCUCGUCUCCCUGGGGGUCGCAAAGGACGCCGUGUUCGCGGAUGACGGUUGCACCAUCUGUCUUACUGCGUGGAGUUCACCACGCUCACCUUGGCAACGAUUUACUCGAUUUAGCCAUGCAAGCACGCCAGUUGUGGCCCGUGUCUCGCUUGCUUCCACAAGGCGUCGGUCGAAGUUUCCAUUUGCGUACGUCCUCUGCCGCGCCGCCCUGCCCGACUCGCUUGUCACUACCUUGGCCAAUGUGAGGAUCCAGCGCAACCUCGUACCAGCUUUGAAGGACCUUCCGCAUCACCUAAGCGAGUCCGACGGCGAUGACCGUCGUCGUCUUCUCACAAGCCUCUUGACAGCGCACGAAUCUGUCCUGGCACAAGUCACCGCCAUCCUCUUCAGUAUGGUGGGCGUGGUGAGCACCACCGCCGCCAAAACUCCAGCAACAGCUCCCCUCCUCCUACAAUCCGACCAUCCGGAUUGGAAGGCCACGUUCGCCCGUGCCCAUGUCGUCUCGGAUGCGCUGGAGAAGGCGCGCGACAAUGCGGCCGCAGACAUCUACGAGCAUCUGACGAGCAUACAGUACAAACGCCGCCGGCAAGAUGGGCGCAGCGAUGGACGCGGAGCGGUCCACGUCGACUUGCAGGGCUUGCAUAGGGUACACGUCAUCACAGGGAAAGGAUCGCCUAGCAAGGAUGGCGAGGGUGUUUUGAGGGAGUUGGUGAAGAUCUGUCAGCCGAAAAGGGCUCUCGUGUUAUUGCCGUCAUCGAUCAAAGCAGAGUCUCGAUGGGGCUCGUUCUCGAAAACGCAGCGCUAUAAUAGAGCGACAGGGAUGAGGUUUGAAGAAGUAUGUACCGCAAAGCUCAGCACGGGAGCAUGGAACAUCGAAACGGAGGGAAGAGGAGUUAUACCUACACUUGGCUAG